ACCGACGCACACAUUCAGUCAGUCCGCACAGGGAGGCACCCAAACGAGUGACUUUAUUUUCGGGAGGGUCGGUGACUUUGCACCGAUCAGUCAGUAUUCGUACCAAUCGAUAAUCCUCCAGGAUCCAUCCAUGCCAUCGAGUUGCCAUUUUGUUUGGAACAACUCAACAAAAAUGUUUAUUUAAUGCUUUAAAAAAAAAAACGGGUAGCUUCACAUUUACAGGAAACGCACUGUGUUGCUUGUUUUUCUUGUUGCAAGAAACUAAAUGUUUCAGGCGCCCUUUUCCCGCAGAAAAGCAACGUGUAACACGUGCAGUUAGUGUUUUGACCAAUCAGUUCUAGCGCCGCGAGCACAGGGGUAUAAAUGAGAGGCAGUUGCGGUAGAGACGUCUGCAACUGAAGAGUUGAACGCAAGAGCCCGUGGUAUCUCGUCAGGAGUGUGAUGAACACUAAGUUGCAGCAAAGCAUACGACCAACUGUUUCCCCAUUAAUGGCUUUUGGACAACACAAUGACUGAUGUGAAAGUCCGUCCCACUGUUGGCGGAAACCCCCCUCCGCCGGAGGUCGUGAAUCCCAAGAGUCCUGGACGUGUAACCAACCAGCUCCAGUACCUGGAGAAGGUGGUGAUCAAAGCUUUAUGGAGACAUAACUUUUCGUGGCCCUUUCGCCAGCCAGUUGAUGCAGUGGCACUGCGUCUCCCAGAUUAUUAUACAAUCGUAACAACGCCUAUGGAUCUGAGUACUAUUAAGAAGCGCCUUCAGAACAAAUACUACUGGCAAGCACUUCCGUGUAUACAAGACUUCAAUACCAUGUUCACCAACUGCUAUGUGUACAAUCGGCCUGGAGAUGACAUUGUUUUUAUGGCACAGACUCUGGAGAAGCUUUUUUUGCAUAAAUUGUCCACAAUGCCCAAGGAUGAGUGUGACACCAAAACAAUCACUACAAAGGAAUCAGUGAAAGGGAGAAAGACCAAUCCAGAUGCUAUAAAGCAGAGGUCCCUUGUGUCAGAAGUUGUUCUCCAGCAGACUUUGAUGGUCAUUCCACCCGAUAUGAGUCAAUUCAUCCCACCCGCUCAGCUCUCUCAAAUCGAUGCAACAAUUAAAAGGGGUUUUAAGAGGAAAGCGGACAUCGUGACGUCCACCCCCUCGGUCAUCACCGGUGGUGACAUAUCCCUUGAGGAUCAUUCAGCACCAUCAAGGAGAGGCAGUAGCAGGCCCAUCAAACCCCCAAAUAAAGACUUGCCUGCCUUUGAGAGCAAGAAGAUCCAACUAUCUGAGCAGCUGCGGUGCUGUAAUGACAUCCUGAAGGAGAUGCUCUCAAAGAGACACUAUGCGUAUGCGUGGCCCUUUUACACCCCCGUUGACGCGCACACUUUUGGCUUGCACGACUACCAUGACAUCAUCCAUCAGCCUAUGGAUCUGAGCAACAUCAGGCGGAAAAUGGAUCAACGAGAGUAUGCAAGCGCAAAGGAGUUUGCCGCUGAUGUCCGACUGAUGUUCUCCAACUGUUACAAAUACAACCCACCAACGCACGAGGUGGUCGACAUGGCACGGAAACUGCAGGAAGUUUUUGAGGCCCGAUAUCUGAAGGUCCAUCAGGAAGAGAGUUGCCCCAUACCUCACCAGCGAGUUGACCAUGGAAAAAAAGACAGAGGUCAGAGUUCAACCUCUGAAAGUGAAAGCUCCUCAGAGGCAGAGAGUUCCUCCUCCGGGGAGGUGGCCCUGCAGCUGGCCAAUCUGGAGGAGCAGUUGAAAUCUGUCCACGAUGAGCUGAAGAGACUUACCAAAGAGCCCCUGAUUAAAACCAAGAAGAAAGACAAGUUGAAAAAGGAAAAAAGAGCCAAAGAAAAGGAUAUCGCUCGACUAAAGCACAAGUCCUCAAAAUACAAGUCUGUUGUAGAAAAAAUUGCCAACCGCAAAAGCUCUACUUUGCAUGGCAGCAGACACAAUAUUCAUGCCGUGACUUCAUGCGAGGAUGACGUCGCAUCAAUACCGGUCACUUACCAGGAGAAAAAACAGUUGAAAUUGGACAUCGACAAGCUGCCCGGUGACAAACUGGGCAAGUUGGUGACAAUCAUUCAUGCCCGGGAGUCCUGCCUGCAAGAUUCCACUGUGGAGGAGAUCGAGGUGGACUUUGAGGUGCUCGAGCCCUCCACACUGAGAGCCCUGCAGAGGUUUGUUGCAGCAUGUCUGAAGAAGUGCAACAAGAACAUUCGCAAAAACAAGCCGGUGAAGCCCACGGGAGCCCACGCGAGCCCACGGGAGCCCAAGGAUGCUGGGACAUCGCAGGUUGCCAGCAAAGAGCAGCACUUGAUUAAGAAAAGAAAGCCAUUACCUAAAAUCCUAGCAGCUCCUGACCUUGGCUGCCCUUCACACCUCAGUGAACUCAGCAGCAGCAGCUCGUCAUCCAGCUCUGGCAGCAGCAGCAGCAGCCAUUCUAGCUCGUCCGAUAGCAGUGACUCUGAAUCAGUACCAAAGUCAAAGAAGACAAAAAGUAAAGACUCUCGCCAAAAGGUGAAGCCGGAGUCAAAGGUGACCCUCUCUCCUUCUGGCAAGCGGAUAUUGGAGGCGAAAGACUUGACAAGAGCCUCGGUGAAGGCUUUCCAGCCCUCUCCUGCGGCACAGUCCCCAGUGACGGAAACCAAAUGCCACCCAACGCACCGCAACGUAGAGCUGACCUGUGAUGAGCUGACUAUAUCUCCCCCAGAUCUGUCUGCCCUUUUAUCCCCCAUGGCAUCUCCGGGAGUUUUGCUGGACUGGAAUGCCACCAGAUUUGAGCAGGGCCCGGUGCUGUCCCCUCUGAGAGACAGCCCGCUGCGGUCCAAAGAGGAAACCAGGUUCAAUUCCAGAUACCCUGAGGAUUUCCCUGGCAGACGGCUGACCAAUGUGCUUUACACCAACACGUCAAGUAACUCUGCCGGAGAGGGAAAAAACCCAGUUCCCAAAAAGGACAUUGUUCUGAAAAAUGCAGAGUCCUGGGCGAAAGUGGUGCGGCAGUCGGUCACUGCCACGGCAAUCAAGUCGUCAAAGGAGAGCUUUCAGAAGUUCCGCAAGGUGGCCAUAAAAAAGGAGGAGCAAGACAAAGCGCUGAAGGAGAAACUGAUGGGCGGCGCCACAGAGACAGAGGCUCCUGAAAAGAGCAGAGAAAUAUUUCCGAUCAACGAGGACAUUCUCCCUCCCUUUAGCUUACCCGGCCCAUGUAGAGCAGAAACCAAUCCCCAACACGUCAACGAGGAUCUCAAUUCGCCAGAGAGCCUUGGCACCAAAGCCGUCCUGGAUGUCCUGAAAGAUGCCGCAGAAGUGCCGACGCUCACCACACAGUCCCUGGUGGACGGGGAAAGGGAGCUGGCCCGCAGAAAAGAGCAAGAACGACGCAGGAGAGAGGCCAUGUCUGGGAUUGAUAUGACUAUGCAGCGGGACAUCAUGACUUUAUUUGAACUCAACCUGGACUAAAAGACUGCUGUGUGCGUGGUCUCGUCGAAUAGCUCGAGCUGUUGGUUCUUUCUCGGGCACAAAAGACAACUUCAGCAUCAGUCUGUGUACGUCCUGGAGACUAGAAAAUAAAACGUUAACUGUUCAAUAAAACAUAAAUGGGCCCCUUGGUUUGCAUUUGAAAUGAAUAGUCAGCGUCUGUGCUGAUGCACUGUUGAGUUUGAGAUGAUCGGGGCGGCGCACUGUGUAUUCCUCCCCUGACGUUCUCUUUCAGGCGUGUUUUUUUGGUUCUUUUUCUCAACAUGUGGUUGAGUCCUCCUUCUGCUGACAGCUGUUUAUGACAAGCUAAUUAAUGCAUUCAUACACUUUAGUUCAAACUUUGCCACCUUGUCUUGUUUGUGAAAUGUGCAGUGUUGUGUCGUUCUUCUGCUAUACGUUAUGCCCUUUGAUGAACCCUUACCACCAGUCUUCAUAUAUAUUAUAUGUAGACAAAACACCUGUUUUAUAUGUUUACGGUACAAUGCACGAAAGACUUUGUUUUUAUUUAUUAUUUUCAUUGCACAAAAAUCGAAACUAAUUUUGAAUGAAAGGUUGGUAGUUCCUCGUCAACAGUUCCCAGUGUGGAACCAAAGUACAUAAUCUCAGUUCCUUAUUUGCCUGACUACUUGAAAAUGCCAUACAUGCGUUAACUGUCCACACACUGCACUUUGUUGUUCAUACAGUUCUGGCUGUUCCAAAGUUUAUUUUGGAGAUUAUCAACAUGUUCAGAAUGUUACAGUUUGUAUAUGCUAAAUAAAUAAGAAUGUCUUUCUUUC